AUGGAUCCAGUUAUUAUCCAAAAUUUAUUUUCAAGGCCGAAGCCCGAAAAGAUCGCAAUAGUUCUCGACACCUGCAUUGAGAUGGAAAACUCUGAUUGCAUAAACGAGCCUCAACUUUUUACUCACAAGAAAAGAUAUGACCACCUAAAAAGAGCAAUUGAAAUAUUUGCGUUGUCCAAAUCUCAAAUGACCGAAAAUCACGAGUAUUCUUUACUUACCCUUGAUGAUUCUGCACAUAUUGUGUCGCCGUUUGAUAGUUCAACAGAUCACUUUCGAGAUAUUCUAGCCCAAGUAGCCCCUUACUCUUAUGCAGAAACUUGCAAUUUAAAUUCAAUUUUUGAAGUAUUAGGAAAUGAAUUAGAGAUCAGCCAAGAAGAGCUUCCAUAUGCUCUCCACAUUAUAUUAAUAUACGGGAGAAACCUCCAAGUCCCAAUUAUUUCUCAAAUCAAUGAAUUGCUAGCACACAGAGAUGUUUAUUUCGAUGCGGUUUAUAUUCAUGGGAAAGAUUCAACACCUUUUCAUGAAGAAAUUUCUAAAACAAUAAAUAGCUUGAUACUGGAUCCAGAUAGAAAAUUUUCUUAUUUUUUUGAAGUGAAAAAUGAUGCGAGCAAACUUUAUCAAGCUUUCAGCUUGUUGACUGGGCAUGUUCAGCAAAGGUGUAAUCAGAAAAUGCAUGAGGAGCUUAUUAAUCAGCAAUUGAAUGGUGGGAAAAAAAGAAGGUAA